AUGCCCCCGUCCCACAGCCAGGGCCCUUACGAACACUACCCAGCGAUGAACAGCCAAGGGACCGAGAUGUACUACCCUCAACAUAUGUCCGCCGGUCAGGCACCGCCGCCGCAGACUGUGACAUCCCCCUACACGCACCAGCACCAACACCCUCAUCAACAUCCGCACCCGCACUCUCAGCCGCCUCUGUUGCAGCCCGGUCCUGGUCAAUACCCCCCGCCCCAAUACGGGAGUCAGUACGCCUACACCAAUGGCUUGACGCCUCCUGCAGGACCGCCGGUUUCCAACCCAAUGAACGCGCCACAGCCCGUGUUGCCCCUGCCGGGCGUUAGCCAACAGGGCAUGGGUCCGUCGUCGUACUCGGCUGGCUUUGACACCACCGGCCAGAUUCAACCUCCUGGCAUGAAGCCGCGCGUUACUGCGACCCUCUGGGAGGACGAGGGCUCGCUCUGCUUUCAAGUCGAGGCCAGGGGCAUCUGCGUCGCCCGCAGGGAAGAUAAUGCCAUGAUCAACGGCACGAAGCUACUCAACGUGGCGGGAAUGACACGCGGCCGACGUGACGGCAUUCUGAAGAGCGAGAAGGUCCGCCAUGUCGUCAAGAUCGGCCCCAUGCAUCUGAAAGGAGUAUGGAUCCCCUAUGAUCGUGCGCUAGAUUUUGCGAACAAGGAGAAGAUUACGGAGCUUCUCUACCCGCUGUUUGUGCACAACAUUGGUAGUCUGCUCUGCCCGCCGGGUACCGCCGUUGGGAGUCGUACAAACCAGGUCAUGGCCGCGGCAGCACAGCGGAAACAGGACAACAUGCGGCCUUCUCAGCCUGCUCAAGGGUUGCCGUCGCUGCAGCAGCACCACCACUCCUUGGCAUUGCCGGGACCCCACUCCGGCAUUCCCCCGCAUCAUACCGUUGUUCGUCCGUCGCUUGACCGUGCCCAUUCGUUCCCCACGCCGCCCACCAGCGCCUCGACCGUGAUGGGUAGCAUGGGUGGUUCUGAUAACUUCCAAUGGAACCAGCAAGGGAUGGGCAACGGCCAAGGACCUAACCCGAUCUCGAUCGACACCAGCCUGAGCCACAACGCCGCCCGCUCAUUACCCAACACACCGGCGGCUACCCCUCCGGGUUCAUCGAUUCAGAGCAUGCAGAACUACCCGCCGGCUACCCAGGCCUACGAAAAUUCCCGCCACAUGUACCAGGCGCCGUCCGCACCUGCCGCUUCCUCCUACCCGCCCCCGAACCCGGCCCCUCAAGGAAGGCCCAUGUACCCAAUCAACAACUACGUCAAGAGUGAGAUGGGGCCCCCGUCAAAUCGCACUCCCGGCCCUAACGGUGAGCACGUGGAGACAAAGCCGGCAAACGGUAUCAUGCAUGCUGGGCAAGGCGAGAACGGAACAGGAGCCGAGGAGGAGGCGGACCACGAGCAUGACGGCGAGUACACCCACGAUAGCGGGACGUACGAUCCGAGUCGGAGCUCUUACAACUACAAUGCCCCCCCCGUUGCGUCGUUGCAGAACGAGCACUCCCACCUACCGUCUGACAUGUCGGGCUCCCCGCACCAGUCCGGGUCAGGGCGUGCCACGCCGAGGACUGCUCCCGCGCCGCAGCCCUACUAUGCGCCCCAAGGAUACAGCACACCGCCGCGUGUAGGGCAGACGUCGAGCAACCUGUACAGCGUAAUCAGCAACGAGCGGGGAUCUGCCAGCGGCUCAUCGACCAAUGAUGUCUAUGCUAGCCAAGGUGACCUGUCUAGCUCGAUACAAAACGGGUAUCAAACCCAAGCACCGGCCCUGAACGGAGUGACCUCAACGAAGAGGCGACGGGACGACGAUGACGACCAGGGUGACUUGAAGCGCCGGAAGCCCGCGCACGACGGUUCUGGUUCGAUUCCCUCCCCCACGUACAAUACACAGAUGCCACAACCGGCGACUGCGAUCCCAGCGCAGCGGCGCAGGUGA